ACCCUAAAAUUUAGCCUGCCGCUGCCUACUCCUUUCGCUUCUUCGCCGGGAUACACUGGUUCGGCUUGCGCAAUGGGCCGAAAGCUCGAGACAGAGGAAGCCCUUGAAACCCCAGCGAACAACCGUAUCGAUCUCUCUGAGAAGAAGAAGAAGAAGAAUAAGGACAAGAAGAGAAGGGAGAAGGAAGGCCAGAGCAAGGAACUUGAUGAAAACGAAGGCCUCUUCAUUGAAGAGUUUCAAGCUCUUGAUAAAUCCGUCAAGGAGGGAAAAAAAAAGAGGAAGCACACUGAGAUCGAGCUUGGCGGCGUGGUUUCAGAAAUCAAUGGAAAGCACCUGGUGAAUGGUGAGAAGAGGGAGAAGAAGACAAAGAAAAAGGAUAAGACAGAAAAGGCAUCCAAUUUGCAUGCGGACGAAGUCAUAGAGGAAGGGGUGGGAGCUAUAGACGAAAUCGAAGGGGUAAAGGGUGUGGUGGUGUCCGGGAACGGCGUGAAGGAGUCGAAGUACAGGGCUUUGGGUGCGUUUUCAGAUUCUGGGCUUCCUGGCGAGGUCCUAGACUGCUGCAAAACUUUUAGUAAUCCCUCUCCGAUUCAAGCGCACGCUUGGCCAUUUCUCUUGGCUGGCCGGGACUUCAUUGGUAUUGCGGCUACUGGUUCAGGAAAAACCCUGGCAUAUGGUGUUCCAGCGCUUAUGCAUAUUUUACAGAAGGACAAUAAGAAGCAAUCGAAGAAAGCUGUUCCUCGCUGUCUUGUACUCUCCCCUACAAGGGAAUUAGCUCAGCAAAUUGCUGAUGUUUUACGUGAUGCUGGCUCUCCUUGUGGUAUAACUUCAGUUUGUUUGUAUGGUGGGACUUCCAAAGGGCCACAGAUAUCUUCUCUUAAAGCUGGAGUUGACAUUGUUAUUGGGACCCCUGGCCGUCUGAGGGAUCUCAUUGAGAUGGGUAUUUGCUGCCUGAAAGAGGUUUCUUUUGUGGUUCUUGAUGAAGCUGAUCGAAUGCUUGACAUGGGAUUUGAACCAGAGGUUCGAUCCAUAUUAAACCAAACAUCCUUAGUACGCCAGAUGGUCAUGUUUAGUGCCACAUGGCCUCCUGUUGUCCACCAGUUAUCCCAAGAAUUUAUGGAUCCAAACCCUGUUAAGGUUGUUGUUGGAUCAGAAGAUUUAGCAGCCAAUCAUGAUGUGAUGCAGAUAGUAGAGGUGUUGGAAGACAGAGAUCGGGAUUCUCGAUUGGUUGCCUUGCUAGAGAAGUAUCAUCAAUCACAUAGAAAUAGAGUUUUAGUUUUUGUAUUGUACAAGAAGGAAGCUGUUCGUGUGGAGAACAUGCUUCAACAGAGAGGGUGGAAGGUUGUCUCUGUGCAUGGAGAUAAGGCUCAACAUGAUAGAACGAAGGCUCUUUCUCUAUUCAAGGAGGGGAAAUGCCCUUUAAUGAUUGCCACUGAUGUUGCCUCACGAGGUUUGGAUAUUCCUGAUGUUGAAGUGGUGAUUAAUUAUAGCUUCCCUUUGACGACCGAAGAUUAUGUCCAUAGAAUAGGGCGGACAGGACGUGCCGGCAAGAAGGGAGUUGCACAUACCUUCUUCACAAAGGAAAAUAAGGGCCUUGCUGGGGAACUUGUGAAUGUUCUUAGAGAAGCUGGGCAAAUUAUUCCCACAAAUCUUACCAAAUUUGGAACUCAUGUAAAGAAAAAGGAGUCGAAGCUCUAUGGAUCACACUUCAAAGAGAUCACAGCUGAUGCUCCUAAGGCCACAAAAAUAACCUUUUCAAACUCUGAUGAAGAAGAUUGAUUGUUAAAUCUCUCCUAUCCAACUGCGACCUUCUGUACGAUUUAUCAAAGGGACUGUGCAUUUUUCUAACAGCUGGUUCCUCCUUCCCUCACAGAUCUCCACUGGGAUCUCAUUCCAUUUAGCCACAUGGAUUACUUACACAUGCAAUAGUUGAUAUGGGGGUCUGUUGAUGUGUUUUUAUCAUUUUUGUUUUGGUUUUGUAUGUAUAUUUUUAUUCAAUUUGGUCUAUAAGACUUCCUAUUUAAACAUAAUUUUGUCAUGUAUGUGAAGUUAUUUAUAGGCCUGUUGCUUGCACAAGAUAUGUAACCUGACUGGAAAUUCAAUUGGCAUGGUUGUGUUACACGUAUAACAUUCCUUUU